AUGGAUGCCCAUGAUUUAUUUCAUCAAUUAACGAGAGGAGUGAGAUUUACCAAAAAACGGAAUGAAUCAAAAGCGCAGAAUGUUCCAUCAAAGUUACCCAAAUUUGAAGAAGAAUUGAAAAUAAAAGAUGAAGGUAUUGCCACCGAGGAAGAUGAUGAUGAGUUUAUGGAUGGUGAUGAAGAAGCCUUGGAGAAUUCCAACAGUGAAGCAGAAGUGAAUGAUGAUGACGAUGAAGAAGAACCACAGGCUUUCGAAUUCAUAUCUGGUGUGGCAAGUGCACCGAAGAAAUCGAAAAAGAAAAAUAAAACAGCCCUCACAGAGGAAGAGAAACAAAAGCAGCUGGAAGAGGAGAUGAUAGCAACAAUACGUAAAGAAAAUCGUAUUAAUGUGUUGGGUAAAAAUAUUCCACCACCCAUUACAUCGUUCCAAGAGCUCCACACCACAUACAAAAUGAAUGAAAGAUUGGUGGAGAAUUUAGUUAAUUGUAAUUAUGCUCAACCCACAGCUAUUCAGAUGCAAGCAAUACCCAUAAUGUUACAGGGUCGUCCGCUGAUGGCAUGUGCUCCCACAGGUUCGGGUAAAACCAUUGCCUUUUUAGCUCCGAUUAUAAAUGAUUUAAAGGCCCCCAAGAAA